AUGAAUUCAGAGGAGAAGAAAACUGAAGCAGAGGUAACGGUGACACUGAGUGAUCCCGAGCAAGAACAAGAAGAAGAAAAGGAUCCAAUGGAGAUGAAUGUAGAAGAAGAAAAUGAACAAGACUCAUUCUCGCCAACUCCCGGUGCCGCUUGUGCUUCUAAAGCAUGUAUCAGUGAUCCAAGAUCAAUUCUAACUCCAACAUUUUGGAUCCCUGUGCAUAUUGUGAUCCUAGAGAGGCCAACUAAAUGUGCGGUAUUCAAUGUCAUAACAGAUUCUCCUCGUGAUCCUAUCCAGUUUAUUGAAUGGUCCCCUACCUGUUGUCCAUGUGCAUUAUUGAUAACAAAUUUCCAUGGAAGGGUAACUAUUUGGACUCAGCCAUCUCAAGGGCCAGCUAAUUUUGUACUUGACACUAGUUGUUGGCUGUGUGAGCAUAAGUGGCGGCAAGAAAUUUCAGUUGCUACAAAGUGGCUAUCAGCGGUGUCUCCGCAUGGGAAGCUUUCAUCCAAAUCAAGUGCUCCUGCCAAUUCAAAGUCAAUGUUUGAGGAGAAGUUUAUUUUACAACAGUCUCAAACUUCAGCUAGUUGGCCCAAUUUUUUUGUGUCUGUUAUGUACUGUCAUCAGGCUUAG